AUGUUUAAUCCAAGCGAGAUUCAAACUUCUGAAGGUUUGUGCACGAAAACACAUUACAUACUUUUACCACUUUACUGCCUCGGUGGUCUAGUAGCUAGCACGUACGGCUGCAGACCUGGAGGUCCUGGGUCAGUAGUAACCUGGAUUGUAGAAUUUGGCAGUGUUGCACCCCCAAGUCUCGAAGGCCGUCGGUCCUGCGCCUUAACUCUCAUCGGUCAUAUCGAAGUAUCGUCCCACGAACUU